AUGGAUGUGCUUGGAGUGUUUGACGGGCUCUGCUACAGUGCCUCUAGAGAGGAACGAGCCGAUUGGCAAGGAGCCCAGCGAAGAUGUCUGGACAGAGGCGCCACACUUCCGAUGAAAAUCACCGAAACAGCUCAACGUGGUCUUCGAGCCGCUCUCAAAGCCUCCACUCAUCAAAAAGACUUCUACUGGAUAGGAGCAACUUCUUCUUUGACCAACUGGCGAUGGGCCGAUGGAACAGUGGUGGCCAGCGAAGAAGCUGACUGGUCCGGGUCCUCCAUUCAACCAUCCAAUCGUCCAGAGGCCAUUGUCUUGGCUCGAGUGGCAGAAUGGAAAUGGAUUCCGUCGGCACAGAACAACCAAAAUCGUGCACGUUUCCUGGAAUCAGCGACGCCGGGCGGGUUUCGUUCACUUCGGCUAACUUCGCAAUUGGAACGAGAGCUGUGUAUUCGUGCGAACUGGGCUAUGAACUUAUCGGCGAUGUUGAGCGGCUGUGUGACGAAACGGCCCGAUGGAGCGGGACCAUUCCAAAAUGUCGAAAGAAGAAAUGCGAGAGCCUUGAGGUUUGGCGUGGUGGUGGAAUCGUACGAUUACUGA